AGGGCGACGGGAGCCAUCCAGAGCCGCUGGUACUCGGAAUUGGAGGCGGAGAACCGGUGACCAGCGGCGGGCUUUGCCCGCUGCGGCCGUUCGCUCUGGGUUCCCACGAUGUUCUUCUACCUGAGCAAGAAAAUUGSCAUUCCCAAUAAUGUGAAGCUAAAAUGCGUAUCCUGGAACAAGGACCAAGGGUUCAUAGCGUGUGGUGGUGAAGAUGGAUUACUGAAAGUUUUGAAAUUAGAGACACAGACAGAUGAUGCAAAAUUGAGGGGUCUUGCYGCCCCUAGUAAUCUUUCUAUGAAUCAGACUCUUGAAGGUCAUAGUGGUUCUGUUCAAGUUGUAACAUGGAAUGAACAGUAUCAGAAAUUGACCACCAGUGAUCAAAAUGGGCUUAUCAUUGUCUGGAUGUUAUAUAAAGGCUCUUGGUAUGAGGAAAUGAUCAACAAUCGGAAUAAAUCAGUGGUUCGAAGUAUGAGUUGGAAUGCUGAUGGACAGAAGAUCUGCAUUGUGUAUGAAGAUGGGGCUGUGAUAGUGGGUUCAGUGGAUGGCAAUCGUAUUUGGGGAAAAGACCUGAAGGGUGUACAGUUGUGCCAUGUAGCAUGGUCAUCAGAUAGUAAAAUCUUACUUUUUGGAAUGGCAAAUGGUGAAAUACACAUUUAUGAUAAUCAAGGAAAUUUUAUAAUGAAAAUGAAGCUGAAAUGUUUGGUGAACGUCACUGGAGCAAUCAGCAUUGCAGGAAUUCAUUGGUACCAUGGCACAGAGGGCUAUGUGGAGCCUGAUUGCCCUUGCCUUGCUAUUUGUUUUGACAAUGGGAGAUGCCAAAUAAUGAAACACGAGAAUGACCAAAAUCCAGUUUUGAUUGACACUGGCAUGUAUGUGGUCGGUAUCCAGUGGAACCAAACUGGCAGUGUGUUAGCCGUGGCAGGCUCUCAGAAAGCAGUCACUCAGGAUAAAGAUGUCAACAUGGUGCAGUUUUACACUCCAUUUGGUGAGCAUUUGGGCACUUUGAAAGUUCCUGGAAAGCAGAUGUCUGCACUAUCUUGGGAAGGAGAUGGACUGAAAAUUGCACUAACUGUUGAUUCCUAUAUAUAUUUUGCGAACAUUCGGCCCRAUUAUAAGUGGGGCUAUUGUUCAAAUACUGUGGUGUAUGCAUAUACCAGACCAGAUCGUCCUGAGUACUGUGUUGUCUUUUGGGACACUAAAAACAAUGAGAAAUAUGUUAAAUAUGUGAAGAGUAUCAUUUCCAUUACCACUUGUGGCGAUUUCUGCAUUUUGGCUACAAAAGCUGAUGAAAGUCAUCCUCAGUUUGUGCUAGUUCUUUGUAAUUCUAUCGGCACACCCUUGGAUCCCAAAUACAUUGAUAUUGUGCCCUUAUUUGUUGCAAUGACCAAAACUCACGUGAUAGCAGCUUCGAAAGAAGCAUUUUAUAUUUGGCAAUAUCGUGUGGCAAAGAAGCUCACAGCACUGGAAAUUAAUCAGAUAACUCGAUCUCGGAAAGAAGGAAGAGAAAGAAUUUAUCAUGUUGAUGAUACUCCUUCUGGAUCAGUGGAUGGGGUCCUUGAUUAUAGCAAAGCCAUUCAAGGCACAAGAGAUCCAAUUUGUGCCAUAACUGCAUCUGAUAAGACACUCAUUGUGGGUCGUGAGUCUGGCACCAUUCAGAGAUACAGUCUUCCUAAUGUUGGUUUGAUUCAAAAAUAUUCCCUUAAUUGUCGAGCCUACCAGUUAUCCUUAAAUUGCAACUCUAGUCGUCUUGCUAUCAUGGACAUCUCAGGAGUUCUAGUGUUCUUUGACUUGGACGCUCGGGUAACAGACAGUACAGGACAGCAAGUAGUCGGCGAGCUGUUAAAAUURGAGAGGAGAGAUGUCUGGGAUAUGAAGUGGGCCAAGGAUAAUCCUGAUUUGUUUGCAAUGAUGGAGAAGACAAGAAUGUAUGUUUUCAGAAACUUGGAUCCUGAGGAACCCAUUCAGACCUCUGGAUAUAUUUGUAACUUUGAGGAUUUAGAAAUCAAAUCUGUCCUGUUGGAUGAGAUAUUAAAGAAUCCAGAACAUCCAAACAAGGAUUAUAUAAUUAACUUUGAGAUUCGGUCUCUUCGAGAUAGUCGAGCAUUAAUUGAGAAGGUUGGAAUUGAAGAUGCAUCUCAGUUCAUAGAGGACAAUCCACACCCCCGACUUUGGCGAUUACUGGCUGAAGCAGCUCUUCAGAAACUGGAUUUGCCCACUGCAGAGCAAGCAUUUGUGCGCUGCAAAGAUUACCAAGGCAUUAAGUUUGUGAAGCGCCUGGGAAAUCUGCAAAGUGAGUCAAUGAAGCAGGCGGAAGUGGUGGCCUACUUUGGUAGGUUUGAAGAGGCUGAAAGAAUGUAUCUUGAUAUGGACAGAAGAGAUCUUGCUAUUGGCCUCCGACUGAAAUUAGGAGAUUGGUUUAGAGUACUCCAGCUCUUGAAAACUGGAUCUGGUGAUGCAGAUGACARUCUCCUUGAACAAGCCCACAGUGCCAUUGGAGACUACUUUGCUGAUCGACAAAAGUGGUUGAAUGCUGUACAAUAUUAUGUACAAGGCCGGAACCAGGAACGCUUAGCUGAAUGUUAUUUUAUGUUAGAAGAUUAUGAGGGAUUGGAGAAUCUUGUCAAUUCACUUCCAGAAAACCACAAGUUGCUUCCAGAAAUAGCACAAAUGUUUCAGAGAGUUGGAAUGUGUGAACAAGCAGUGACUGCGUUUUUGAAAUGUAAUCAACCAAAGGCAGCUGUAGAUACCUGCAUACAUCUGAACCAAUGGAACAAAGCUGUUGAAUUAGCUAAAAGUCAUAAUAUGAAAGAAAUUGGAUCUCUAUUAGCUAGRUAUGCAUCUCACUUACUGGAAAAGAAUAAAACUCUUGAUGCUAUAGAACUCUAUCGGAAAGCCAGUUACUUUUUUGAUGCUGCUAAACUGAUGUUUAAGAUUGCUGAUGAAGAGGCAAAGAAAGGAAGUAAACCUUUACGUGUGAAGAAGCUGUAUGUACUGUCAGCCUUACUUAUAGAGCAGUACCAUGAGCAGAUGAAGAGUGCCCAGCGAGGAAAAGUGAAAGGGAAGAAUUCMGAGGCCACUUCUGCUUUGGCUGGUUUGCUGGAAGAGGAAGUUCUGUCUACAACUAGUCGCUUCACAGACAAUGCCUGGAGAGGGGCUGAGGCUUACCACUUCUUUAUCCUUGCGCAGAGGCAGCUCUAUGAGGGCUAUGUUGACACUGCACUGAAGACAGCUCUUCACCUGAGAGACUAUGAAGACAUCAUCCCUGCAGUUGAGAUAUACUCUCUGUUAGCACUCUGUGCAUGUGCCAGUAGAGCUUUUGGUACUUGUUCCAAAGCUUUCAUUAAACUUGAAUCAUUAGAGACACUCAGUUCGGAACAGAAACAGCAAUAUGAAGACCUCGCUCUAGAAAUCUUCACCAAACAUAGUCCAAAAGAUAACAGAAAAUCAGAACUGGACAGCCUUCUUGAAGGGGGAGAAGGGAAAUUGCCAACAUGCGUUGCCACAGGAAGCCCAAUCACUGAGUAUCAAUUCUGGAUGUGUGCUGUGUGCAAGCACUGUGUUCUUGCUCAGGAAAUCAGCAACUACAACUUCUGUCCCUUAUGCCAUAGUUCAGUGGGAUAACAGAAAGACGAAUGUAUAUAAUUUUAAAAAUACAUGUAACAUAUAAAGCUCUAAGUGUAUGUAUAAUAAGGUUUCUUUUCUAUAAGUUUUAUAUGAAAAUAAGGUUCGUUUUUUUAUAGUUGGAUUUUUGUACAAAAUUUAUGUAAUAAAAUAGCUUUUAUGCAGAGGUACAACUGUGAAAUAAUAAGGUUAACUUUCAUAUAAAACUUAUGCAAGUCAGUCUUAUUUUUUUCCUAUCUUUUUUGCUAUCAUUUAUUUAUCUCAUGGUUGGUUACAUGAUCCUAUGGCAACAUUCCAAAUAAGAAAUAUUUUCUCUCCCCAUGCCAA